GGCGUCGGUGGUCUGGGGGUUUCUUUGUGGGCCGGGGUCUCUGCGAUGAAGAUUUUUAGUCUUCCUCGAUGCCCGUCAGAUGAAUAAUAAUGGCCAGUCUUCGCAAGCGAAGAUCCGGGGAAGGUCUUUACACCUUCCAGCCUGCGCAUUGGAUUUUUUUUAGCGAUCCGUGGACCCCCGGUCCACACAGUCUCACGUCGCUGCUGCUGCAAGAAAAAAACCCCCGGUCCGAGCGACCCCCCUGCUUGGAGCUGCUGCCGCCGCCGCCGCUGCCGAAACCGCCGGUCGCCGACCCUGCGCCCAGCGCCGCAGACGCGCCCCGCUCCACCCGUGUUCGGACCACCACCACCCCGUCCUGGGAGACGCAGCUGCAACCCCGCUCCAGUCCGACAGCGACCAGAGCACCCCGUGAGAUAGCGAGUGAGGUACACCGACGCCUAGAGAAAGAAGAAGCUGUUCUUGUGGUGCUGAGAGGAUCCACUCAGCCUUUCGCACUACUGGGCCAACUCUACGACAGGAACAGUAAGCUGUGCCUAUGGGAGUGGAUCUUUCUCCCCCACCAAUUCACAAAAACCAUAGUUUCCCUUCCGGAACUAUUGACCAAAUUGUGUUACAAGGGCAGGACCGGGUGCUGGGAACUCGCAGGUGUAGAUCCCGCCUACAUCUACCUCCCACUCACUUCCCAACAUCUAGAACAACUCCUGAUCAUGAGCCUGGACUUCCAAAUUGCUCUAUCCAGCUUUAUGGGUGAAAUUAAAAUCCAUUACCCCCCUUGCAAAUUUAUCCAAAACAUAGACAAAAUUCCCUUAAAUACACAUCCAAUUGGUCUCCUAAUCCCCUUCCAAACGCCUUAACAGUCUUUACUGACGGCUCAGGCACCACAGGAAAUGCUGUCAUUGUUUGGAAAGAGGGGGAUCAUUGACAACAAGACAUUCACAAGGUCCAAGAUUCUCCUCAGUUAGUUGAACUGUCAGCAGUUGUUCGUGCCUUGUCCUUGUUCCCAGACAACCUUAAUAUCAUUUCUGACUUGGCCUACGUGGUGGGCCUUGUCCAACGGUGUGAGAAUUCAUACCUCAGAGAAAUUAAAAAUGAACAGUUAUUUCGGCUAUUCCAAAAAUUGCUUUCUACUGUAAAUCACCGCUCUUCACCAUUUUUUAUCACUCAUAUUCGCUCCCAUACCACACUUCCUGGUCCAAUAGUAGAGGGGAAUCGACAAGCCGACCUUUUGGCAGGGUCAGCUGUCGUCCCACAGUGGUUAGAACAAGCCAAACUCUCCCACGACU